CAACGUCGCCUCCCAUCAAGAGAUAGAGAAGAGAGAGCCAAAGAAGGACAGAAGAAAACAGAAAGAGCACUGCCGGUUGCUGGAUCACUUCAGUCCUCGAUAUAACACCCUCGACAAGCAGGAAGCAUCCAUUGAUUGUGACGACGUACUACCCACCACCUGUACUUAGAUACAUGAUCGACUGCUUCCCCCAACAGGCAUUUGAGAAGUACGGUUAUCAUCAUAUAACCUCCCGAGAUUUCUAGAGUUUCCAGUCCCUCCAUCCAUUCAACGAGAUCUGUACACUCCAAUCGCCUAGAAAGCACCCUCGCCAUGGACGCUUCCUCACCCCUUGCUGCCAUGCACCCGGCACCUCCCCCUACAUGGGGCUCAACUGCUGACAUAUAUCGAUCGCAUGCUCAAUUCAGUGCUAGCAAAUCGUUCGGGUCAGGUACCUUCAAUAUCCGCGAGCAGCUGCAGAGAUCGAAACCGGGCUACUUCGACGUCAAGUCCGUCCGUGGCUGCUCCCCUACUGCCAGUCUUGCUGCAGACCUGUCCCAGAACUUCAGGAUAGACAAUGAAGCUAGCCCACGGUUCCCGACUCCUCGUCGAGCCCUCUUCACCUCAAACAUGCUAGGAAACAUGGAUAGCCGAGACUAUGUCACGACGCCUCCCCUGCCGGCAUCCUCUUCACCCGUACCCGUGGACGUCGGCGACAUGAUGGACAUUUCUCCAUUGCCUCACAAGGAACCGUUCAAUGGUUUCAUUGAGAUCACUUCUCCAACACCAGGCGAGCUUCCUCAAGACGACGACGACGACGACGAUGACGACUCUAUGAUGCUGGAAUCUCCUGUUGCCAUGGUGCGCCAACAGUCUCUCGAGCCCCCAAGACCUGACAGCCGGAGACGUGUCGGGCUUCGCCGGCCUUCUUUGACUCGCACAAAGGGGUAUUCGACUAAUUCGCUGGCAAACCGGCUACAUCCCGAAGCCCAGUUUCCCAACUUUAGGUUCGGCUCCGAGUCUCGCCUUAGCACUGCCUCGGCGUUAUCCCUGGGCGAAUGCUUUGCAGACUCUCCUCCGCAGGAGAAGAGGCCUCAGAGUGCCAACAGCCCCUCGUCGAAUGGCCCUGGGUCCUUCCGUCCUAAGCCUCAGUUUGCCAGUCUUAGUGGUAGAAGAGAGCUUGGCGGCAGUUCUCCCAUCAACGCCCAUACCCGACGGCCCUCAAAUCCCUUCCAGCGCCCACGUCGUCAAUAUAGACGAUCAUUGAGCAUGUUCGAGAACCCUGUCGAAGUUGUCAGAGCCAAGACAGCCGAUCCUGUCCCCCAAAGCGGUCUCCAGGCUGUCAUGGACAUUGAGGAUGUCCAUGAACCCAUCCUCCCUCAUUUCUUGCCUGAAGGUGAGAAUGAUACUAUUCCUCGUAUCUCGCAGGAGACCUUCUUGGACGUUUUGAACGGCAAGUUUGAGGAACAGUAUACUCAGCGUAUUGUUAUUGACUGUCGCUUUGAGUACGAGUACGAUGGAGGCCAUAUUGACGGCGCAAUCAAUUACAACGACAAGGAGCUCCUGGCACGCCAUCUGUUUGACACUCCAAUGGAUGGCAAAGUCUUGCUGAUAUUCCACUGCGAGUACUCGGUACACCGCGCGCCCAUGAUGGCUCGACACGUACGCUCGCAAGAUAGAACUGUCAAUGCAGAGUUCUACCCCAAGCUGACUUAUCCUGAUGUCUACAUCGUGGACGGUGGGUACAGUGAGUUCUUCACACAGUAUCCUGGUAGAUGCUACCCUCAAUCAUACGUGGAAAUGAAUGAUCAGGAGCACAUUGCCACCUGUGAGCGCGAAAUGGGUAAGCUUCAACAAAAGCGGAAGGGCCUGAACCGAGCAAAGACUUUUGCGUUUGGUGCACGUGAAUCCAUGGUUGAUGCUUCCCCAACUGCCCCGUGCAGAAACAGCUUGCAAGAGUCUCCCGUCUUGAUGAUCGGCAAUUCGCCGAUCCUUGGCGCCGAUCGAUCGCAGACGCGUCGAAUGGCGUCGUACUGAUUGCUGCUUCAGACUCAAAUCGGUUGAAGAUUGUCUUCCUGACUACUGAGGUAGUCAGUGCAUCACACCCUGCUAAUCCUUGGUGCGCUCACACCUGUGAAAAUCUGCCCUAUCCGGCUUGCAAGUUUUGCACUUUUACAUCUAAUUAUA